AUGAGGUCAACGCUGCUCGCGAGCACACUUUUUGUCAUCGCUUUUGCAAAGACACAAGAGCCAAAACUCUUCACCCAGUCGCCCACCGUGCGACUCACCGCUGAGAAUUGGGAGGAGCAAGUCUUGAACUCGGCUCAUCCCUGGGUGAUUGUUUUCUAUGCGGAGUGGUGCGGAUGGAGUCAAAUGUAUUCGGAAAACAAUUGGCCGGAACUGAUUGAACGUCUUGGGAACAAUACGGAUGUCAAGCUGGGUGCCGUUGAUGAUUUGGAGGGAAUCUACGCGAGAUAUCACAUUCGAACAUUUCCUACGAUCAAGAUUUUCCUCCCAUUCUCACAAAAGCCAAUUCGAAUGAAAAUCGAUCGAUAUGAUAUUGCUUGGAUUGUCGACUAUUUGAGUCUCUUUCCAAAAUCGAGAGCCACCGAUGAUGCACACCAAGAUGCGCACAAAGAUGCGCACAAAGAUGCGCACAAAGAUGCGCACAAAGAUGCACACAAAGAUGCACACAAAGAUGCACACAAAGAUGCACACAAAGAUGCGCACCAAGAUGCGCACAAAGAUGCGCACAAAGAUGCGAACCCAAAGAUGAGAUUUUCCUCCUCUUCCUCUCACACUUUCUUCGCACUCCCUGGACUAAUAAUUGGCGCGAUUUUGUGGUUCACUCAA